AUGGAAAUCGCAAAAAUACUACACAACAUCGGCAUCAAAAACUAUAAAGAACUGAAAUUUGCUGGACAAGGACGGUACCGAAUCACAUUCAAUCGACCGAGAGAGGCAGAAGACUUGCUUAAUUCCAAGCUUCUGUCGGAGGAGUUUAAAUACAAGGUGUAUGUACCCAACAUGCUGAAGGAAUCGAUAGGGAUUAUUAGGAAUGUCCCCCCAUCGCUCACCGAAACCGAGAUUCUAAACAACAUCCAAACAGGAGGAAAGAAGAAGAUCAUCAAAGUGGAACGGAUCAACAGGAUGAAGGACCAAAUCCUAAUACCAACAUACACAGUGAAAGUCUACGUAACAGGACAGGAACUUCCAGAAAACGUCUCGAUCUAUGGUGUUCCAGCGAUUGUUGAAGCGUACAUCUUUCCCAUUAAGAUGUGCAACAAAUGUUGGAGGUAUGGACACAGACAAAUAGCUUGCAAAUGUAGGAAUGAACGAUGCGAAAACUGCGGACAAGAACAUGGCGGUCAGGAUUGUUCCAACCCCACCAGCUGUAUUCACUGCAAACAAAUGCACAAAGUAACAGCCAGAAAUUGCCCGGAAAGAAUACGUCAGGACAAAAUUCGUUACGUCAUGGCGAACGAAAGACUGACUUUCAUGGAAGCAGCGAACAAGUUUCCAAAACCGAAUCAAGUACAAAACAGACUGGACUCACUAACAGAUUUUCCACCGAUCAUAACGAACGAUCACAAUACACGACCAAAAACAAGACUACAAACUUCUCAAUCAGACAAUAGACCAGCAAGACAGGUUUCUAGAACACGAAAUAGGUCUGGCAGCCAAAACAAACAUCCACAAGAAACACAGGUAGACGUUCCCUCUAUCCUCAACAAAAUUACAGCUAUUCAAAAACCAUCCUCAAACACGCAGAAAAUCCAGAAAUAG